GUCUCCGCUGGUGGCUGACCUUUGUUUACAAAUGUUUCGUGCCAGAGGUCGGGGGAUAAAGUUUGGGUAUGUUGCCGGUCAACUAACCACUACCGCACUCGGAGACCACCCCUUUGAUAAGGUACGGGAGGAACCUGAUUUUGGCCUAGUGUUCUGCCAAUGGCGGUAAUUUUUUUGUCACUUUUGGUGAUGGUAACAGUCUAUGAAUUUCAAUAUCUAACAUGCAAGUGAUGGGGGCUGCAUUUUUCCUCUUAUCUAUCAUCGUCUAUGUCCUCUCUACAACUCAGAUCUGAGUUGUUUGUGUUGGAUACACCUCCACGUCAUGGUUCGCCUGGACUGAAGAUGACCGCUAAACGAUACUAUACCCCCUUCUCAGACUCCAAAGGACUGACAAUUCUAUUUGCGCAUGGAGUUGGUGCGCACAAGGAGCACUGGGAACCGAUGCUCCGGUAUCUGUUCUCCCACCAUAAUUUACAGCAGCCAAGUUGUAUACGUGAGGCCUGGUGUUUCGACUGGUUGAACCACGGGGACGCCGCUGUAAUCAACAAGGCUGCACUCGAGCGCCGCUCGCCGGGGGACGUUUCUAUAGCGGAAUGGGCAGCGGCGAUUGCGUCCUUUAUAAAAUCACCGUUUCUCAGUGACCAUAGAUUAGUUGGAUUUGGGCACUCUGCGGGUUCCAGCGCGAUAAUACUCUCCACACGUGCAUUUCCCAUGUGUAAUCAACCAUUUGUUGCAGUGUUUCUCCUUGAACCUUCGAUGCUUACGCGCGAAUUGUGGAUGUCUCACCUGAUGGAAAGAGAAGCAUUAGUAAGAAAAAGCAUGAGUGCCACUCUCCGUCGACGUAAUGUGUUUGAUACUUUGGAGGAGGCAGCCAAAUAUUGUCGAAAACGGAAGCCUUGGGCAGAAUUCGAUCAGGAGGUAUUUGAUGUUUUCAAACAACACGGGUUUUAUUCAGUCAGUAUACAAGAUGGGAGCGAAAAGGAAAUGAAAGUCGCUUUUAAAUGUGACUUGCAUCAUGAAGCUCUUGCUUAUCAGGACACCGAAAGCCAUUUUGAAGCUACCGACCAGUAUACCCGCAUUUGCCGCGUGGUUCCUGUACAUAUUGUGUUCGGAACCAUUCAUGAUUACGUUCCAUCUUAUUUCCAUGACUGCAUGACAGACGUCUCCCAGGGAAGAUGUCCAGCGUCUGUGAAAAGGGUCCCCGGAGCUGGCCAUAAUAUUCUUCAACAAACUCCCGAAGCACUUGCAGGAGCAGUAUCUAUCGGCCUGAAUUUAAUCAUGAAGAAUUUGACCUCGCAUCUCCUACAUAGACUGUGAUCGUUAAUAAAAUACCCAUUUUUUUUGAAUGUCUGUUUAUCGUCCUGUGGGGCGGGGCCCGAUGAUGGACACUACGUACACUAUAGGACUUCGUUGUGUAUAUCUAUCGUAUGUA